GUUACUUGUCUUCCUACUUCCGAAAAAUAAAGCGACAUCACCAUGUUAAUAAAGUAAUCAUCAACCACCAAAUACAGAAAUCAGAAAGCUUUUGUUGUAAAAACGUGCGAAGGAUCAGUUCUCCGGGCAGAUGGCUCCGACUCAAUGAUGGCAAGAGCAGUUGGUGAGGGAGUGUAACAAGACUGUGCGGCUUUGCGCGGCCAAGAAAUCCUUUAGCACCACUCCUGUCUGUUCCUGGUCAUUUAUUCAGAGAAGUAGCGUAUAUACCUGGCCAUGUAUUCAAAGAAAGAGCGUACAUUAUAAACGUUCGAAGGUGAUCAAUGUAAUCUCUGCGUUUAGAUUGUGUUCUUCCACUCCGUCAUGGGUUCUUCUUGCAGCUCAAGGUCGUCUGUGCACCCAGUGCAGCGCCCAAUCAUAGGUGUAAUUGGAGGAGGAAUAGGAGGUUGUUGCUCGGCCCUACAGCUCGCUAAAACCGGCAACUACACCGUGUUUCUGCUAGAGAAAAACUCCCAGCUCAUGUCAGAGAGCAGUAAUGUCACACCAGGCCGAAUGGGCCUCGGCUUUCAUUACGCAGACACAAACACAGCUCUCUUCUACUUGAGAUCCACUCUAGAAUUUACAAAAAAAUAUGGACAGUUCAGGCAAGAACUAGCCCGGGACCAGAAACACUCUCUUAGACGCGGCCGGUACUUUAUUAUGAAAAACUCCGGGUUUUCUGUACAGAACAUCUUGCAGACGUAUCAAGCUUUGAAGGAAGAAUACACAAGGCUGGUUCGUGAUAAUGGUUGUUACGAGCUGUUUGGUGACCCUGAAGAAUUCUACAAGAUCCUGGCUCCGAGGGAGUAUGAACAGGAUGUAUGCGCUGAUAAGGUUGAACUUGGCUUAGAGACUGCCGAGGAGCUGCUGGACUGGCCCAAAUUCAAGGAAAGUAUCAUCAACCAGUUGGAAGAAAAUAAGGAGAAAGGGUUACUAAAAAUCAAAACAAGUGCCGAGGUCACGGCGAUAGAUACGUGUUCGUUUGGGGGGUAUACUUUGAAAACCCACAACGAAUUAAUGGUAGUAGACGCUCUAGUCAACGCGUCGUGGUACAACAUUGGUAAGUUUAAUAAGCAGCUUGGAAUUACUGACGUCCGAAAACGACGGAAUCGACUUAAAGCGAUCGCUACUAUCAGUCUUCCGCCAAAAAUGCUUGAGGCGCCAUCAAUGUUCUUCUGUAUGGGCGCUUACGCAAUGUUCUCAAACAAAGGAAAUGGGGUUGGCAUGGUAACAUAUGCACCGGAGACCAACAUAGCGGUGAGUUCUUCUCAGGUCAUAGAACCGGAGUUUCAGCGGUUACUAUUUGGGCAGUCGGUGGAGGAGAAAUCAUCAAAAGGAAAGGCGAUAUUAGAAGGUGUGUGCCAAUUCAUCCCUGGCCUGAAAGACGCCGAGAUUAGGAAGGUAGAAUUUGGUGUUAUACAGACUUUUAUGGAUGAAGAACCGACGAGUUCCAGUUUUAAGAUCGGAAACCUCGACUUUCUUCAUGAUCCGAAGUUUGGAGAGAUCAAUAAGAGAGACUAUAGUGGAGUUGAAAUGCCUACAGCUCGCUAUGUGGUCAACGCGUGUAUGAAACUGCUGUACUGUUACGAUAACGCCGUACAAGUAGUGCAACUCAUUAACAAAUGUUUCAUGAAAACUAAUGUAAAUAAAACAAAAGAAAAGACGAAGAAAAACAACGAGUAAGUACGCAGCUGCUUUGUCUCCUAUUAUCUUUGUUCUACAAAGGGGUCCUUUUGUCUCUAUUCUUCUCGUUCUUUGUGUCGAGGUGCGGAUAUUGUUCAUUUGCCCAAUCAAAUUGCAGCUUGUAAGAGCUGCGUACUGACCCAAAACGACGCAGUGUCUUAAAGAGACAAAGUAUUGUUCCCUCUUCCGAUUAAAAAGCAAACAUACAAUUUGAAAGAUUAAGCGUUUAAUUGCAAUUGCACGCCAUUGGGAUCAUAUUAACAAAAAUAAAAAUCGUCAGUUGUCAAGCUUAACAAUUAUGAAUCAACUUUACAAUAAUGUGUCGCUUUAACCGGAUUAUUUGCAAUUUUCUGGAAGAUCGGUUUCCUGUUAUAUUAUAUAUCAAUAAGUGUUCUGCUAUAAAAAUUAGGUAUUUACAUAGGGCAAAGUUCCCACCAUUAUUUCAUUUGAAUGUAAAAUGAGGGCACUGUUUCAUAAAAUACUAAUCGUGUGAUCUCUGCCGCUACAACCAUCCAAGAAUGUAAGAGCCACGUUGAAACGCCGUUCAUGAUUGGUUGGAUGAGAACACGUGACCAGUGACAGGACACACGUGCUUGUUCCGUGCGCAGUGUACAUGCGUUAGGACACCAUUUGGGUAACGCGCCACAGCGCUGUCAUUGAAAGGACGUCGGCAAGCUUGACAUAAUCUGUAAAUAGUAAAUUCAUAAGCCCAUAACCUUAAGAUUUUGCAAACCCUGCAGCUAAUUGGGGAGAACGAAAGCUGACUCUUUUAGUAGGUCCUUGUCGCUCAUCACCAAAAGCUGAAUCCAUCAAUUUAGUUAGAAUAAAGAUUUUUAGAAGUAUUACAGAAAUGUAUGGUGAUCUGUUUGACCCUUGAUACACUAUGUAUGAUUAAAGGUCCACCUUCAAUAAAUCAAUAACCG